UAUUUUUCCAAAGUUUUGAUUUUUUUAAGGAAAGGACAAAGGACUCACCAUGGAGUCUUGUGCAAGGUGUGGGUUUGUGGUGUACCCAGCGGAGAAGAUCAACUGCAUUGACCAGAACUGGCACAAAGCAUGUUUUCACUGCGACGUCUGUAAAAUGGUGCUGACGGCCAAUAACUUUGUCAGCCACAAGAAGAGGCCCUACUGCUCAGUACAUAACCCACGGAACAACACCUUCACCAGCGUGUACAAGACACCCAUCAACAUCAACAUCAACGCAAAGAAUCAGAGCAAGGCCAGCAGUGAGCUGAAGUAUUGCGAGGAUGGCGAUCGUUUUAUGUCCACCUUCCACUAUGACAUGAAGUCCAUGGAGUUGGAGAGGGCUCGUCUAGCCAAUCAGAUGGCCGGCCAGGUGAGCUCCCAAGCCUUCAAGUCUCAGUCCGAGUUUUCCCAGCAGCAGACGUGGUACUCGGCCAUGGUCACCAACCAGGAGAUGGUGACCAUGUCUCAAGCUCAGACGAACAUCAGUGAUGUAAAGUACAUGCAGGAAUACGAGCAGUCCAAAGGGAAAGGCAGCUUCCCGGCCCUGAUCACACCAGGAUACCAGGUGGCCAAAAACGCCAACACUUUGGCAAGCAACCUUGAAUAUAAAAAAGGGCAUGAGGAAAGAGUUUCAAAGUACACCGCCUUUGUGGACCCCCCAGAGGUGCUCCUGGCCAAGAAACAAGGACAGAUUAUCAGCGACUAUGCCUACACUGAGGAGUACGAGCAGCACAAAGGCAAAGGCAGCUUCCCUGCACAUCUUACACCUGGAUACAAAAUGUCGAAAAAGGCCUCCGAACAGGCCAGCAACAUAAAGUAUCGGCACGUGUACGAGCAGGAGAUAAAGGGCAAAGCCAGCGCUGACGCUGCAGUGGCCGAAAUGGUCCACGCCAGAGAGAAUGCAGAAAACUUCAGCCAGAUCGCCUACACUGAGGAGUAUGAGCAACAGCGGGGCAAAGGAAGCUUUCCAGCCAUGAUAACGCCCGGUUAUCAUCUGGCUAAGAAGGCUCAAGAAAACGCAAGUGAUCUGAAAUACAGAAAAGACUUAAAUAAGAUGAAGGGCACGUCACAUUUCCACAGCCUGACCUCCGAGGACAACCUGGCCUUGAUGAACGCGCGGAAGAUCAACAAGCUUGUCAGCGAGGUAGAGUAUAAGAAGGACUUGGAGAACAGCAAAGGCCACAGCAUCAAUUUCUGCGAGACGCCCCAGUUUCAAAAUGCUAUCAAAGUAGCCAAAUUCACCAGCGAUAACAAAUACAAAGAGAAGUACACCACCAACAUGAAGGGCCACUAUGAAGGAUCGGGAAUCGACAAGAAGACCAUGCACGCCAUGAAAGCCCGGACGCUGGCCAGUGACAUUGCAUACAAACAAGGUCAUGAUCAAGAUCAGGGCGAAUACACCUACCAAGCCACGCUGACACCAGGCUACCGCAGUCAAAGGAAGCUGGACCCACUGAAAGAUAAGAACUACAGGCAGCACAUUGACCAAGUCAAGUACAGCCCAGUGACGGACACGCCGGAGAUCCUCCUGGCGAGGAAAAAUGCUCAGCUUAUCAGCAAUCUAAAUUACAAAGCAGACUACGAGAAGACUAAGCAUCUGUACACGCUCCACGAGGACCUGCCCCAAAUCAAAAAGGCCAAAGACAAUGCAGCCUUGUGCAGUGACAUUAAAUAUAAGGAGGAGUGGGAGAAGACCAAAUCCAAAGCCUGCGACAUUGGCGUGGACGACCUCAGCGUCAAGGCGGCAAAGGCUUCCCGAGACCUCGCCAGCGACCUUAAAUACAAAGAAAACUACCUGAAGAACAAGGAACUGGCUGUAGGCGUCAACGUAAGCGACUCCAAAACUCUACAUUCGCUUCAGGUGGCCAAGAUGCGCAGCGACAUUGCGUACAAGAAGGGCUCCAAGGAGAACCAGGCUCACUACAGCCUGUCUAUGGACAUGGUCAACCUAAGUCAUGCCAAAAAGGCCCAAGCUCUGGCCAGUGACCUGGAAUAUCGCACCAGGCUGCAUGACUACACCGUCAUGGCUGAUGACAUCAAGGUCCAGCAGGCCAAAAAGGCAUAUUCCCUGCACAGCGAUAACCAGUAUCGCUCAGAUCUGAACUGGAUGAAAGGAGUGAGCUGGGAGACCGAGGGGUGCCUCAACAUCACCCAGGCCAAGAAAGCCGGAGAUCUGCUCAGCGAUAAUAUAUAUCGUCAGAAGGUGGAUCGCAUCAAGUUCACCCAAGUGGCGGACAAUCUGUCCAUGAAACAUGCCAAGAAGAGCCAGGAACUGCAGAGCGACCUGGCGUACAAAGCAAACACGGAGCAGAUGAUCCACAAGUACACCAUGACGCAGGAUGAGCCACUGUUCAGACAAGCAAAGGCAAACGCUGAGCUUCUCAGUGGGAAAGUCUACAAAAGUCAAUGGGAGAAACAGCGGGAAAAGGGCUUUCAGCUUCGAUUGGACUCACUUGCCAUUCUCACAGCCAGAGCUAAGAGAGACCUGGCCAGUGAUGUCAAAUACAAAGAGCAGUAUGAGAAAAACAAAGGCAAGGUGAUCGGAAUCAAGUCGGUCAGCGAGGACACUCAGAUGUCUCACUCGGCUCUGGCCACCAAACUACAGAGCGGACGCGACUACAAAAAGAACUAUGAGGACACCAAGACCCAAUUCAAUGUUUCUCUGGACAUGCUUAACAUCAGUCAGGCUAAGAAGGCCCAAGACUUGGCAGCUGACUACAACUACAGAACAUUCCUUCACGAGUACACCACGCUGCCAACUGACAUGAACGUUGCCUGGGCAAAGAAGGCCUAUGGACUGCAGAGCGACAAACUGUACCGAUCCGAUCUGAACUGGAUGAAGGGCGUUGGCUGGGAGGCCUCCAAGUCUUUGGAUGUCCAGCAGGCCAAAAAAGCAGGAGAGCUCGUCAGCGAGAAAAAAUAUCGCCAGGAUGUGAGCGCCCUGAAGUUUACAAGUGUUGAAGACACACCAGAGAUGGUUCAGGCCAAACUCAGUAACAAACUGGCCAUUGAUAGGUUGUACAGAGAGAAGGGAGAAAAUAUGAAGCACAACUACACCCUCAAUGAGGAGCUGCCUGAGUUUGUGCAGGCCAAGAUCAAUGCCGUGAACCUUAGUGAGAGUCGUUACAAGGAAUCUUGGACUAAACUACGUGACGGCGGCUACAAACUGCGUCUGGAUGCUAUUCCUUUCCAGUCAGCCAAAGCGUCUGCUGACAUCCUCAGUGAUCAAAAAUACAAAGAGCAAUUUGAGAAGACCAAAGGGAAGAUGAUUGGACUGAAAGGGCUGCAAGACGACAUGAACAUGGCUCACUCCGUUUACGUCAACAAGCUGCAAAGCGACAUUAAGUACAAGAAAGAGUCGGCUAGCCAGCUCUCCAAGCUCCACCUGCCCAUGGACAUGAUGGAGGUGGUCCAUGCCAAGAAGGCCCAGUCUCUGGUCAGCGAUCAGGACUACAGGCUCACUCUGCAUCAGUACACCUCUCUGCCGGACGACAUGAAGCUGCAGGCGGCCAGGAAAGCGUACGCUCUGCAGAGCGAGAGGAUAUAUCGCUCUGACCUCAAUUACCUGCGGGGUGCCGCAUGGAUCGCCACUGGGGCUCUGCAAAUUGAAGGCUCUAGGAAAGCUACUGACCUUAUCAGUGAUAAAAAGUAUCGUCAGCAGCCAUACAACUUCAAGCACACGUCCGUGGCAGACUCCCCUGACAUGGUCCACGCCAAACUCAGUGGACUGAUCACAAAUGAGCGUCUGUACAAAGAGAAAGGGGUGAGUGACCAGCACAACUACACCAUUACGGCCGAGAGACCUGAGAUCACCCAAGCAAAGAUUAAUGCGGCUAACUUUAGUGAGAUAAGAUACAGGGACUCCUGGCACACUCUGAGGGCUCAGGGCUAUAAGCUGACCAUGCAGGACAUCCCAUUCCAGGCAGCCAAGAGUUCCACGGGCAUCGCCAGUGACUACAAGUACAAACACAACCACCUGAUGGAAAAAGGAAAACACAUCGGCGCCCAAAGUAUUUCGGACGACACAUACCUGCUGCACUACGUGCAGGCAAACCGACUGGCCAGCGACCAAGAGUACCGCAAGGACGCUCUGACGACCAGCGGACGCUACCACCUGGCGCCCGACAUGGUUCAAUUAGUCACGGCCAAGAACGCCCAGGCCCUGGCCAGCGAGCAGGACUACAGGAAGAGGCUUCACGAGUACACGGUGCUUCCCGACGACAUGAAGGUCAAGUGGGCCAAAAAAGCCUACGACCUGCAGAGUGAGACACUGUACAAAUCGGACCUGAACUUCAUGAAGGGCGUGGCAUGGGAUGGCGUGGGGGCACCUCAGCUGGAGUCAGCCAAGAAGGCUGGAGAGCUUGUUAGUGACAAGCGAUAUCGCCAACUCCCGGACAGCCUGAAGUUCACCUCGGUGACGGACUCCCCCGAUAUGGUCCACGCCAAGGCCAGCUAUCAACAAUGUAGCGAGAGGCUGUACAAAUCGGGCAGGAACGACGACAUGAACAAGUACACCUUACAUCCAGAUGAUCCCGACUUCGUCCGAGCCAGGAUGAACGCCCAGCACAUCAGUGAUAAAGUGUACAAGGCCUCCGGGGAGCAGCUGAAGACGCUGGGCCACGACUUGAGGCUUGACGCCAUCCCCUUCCAAACAGCAAAGGCCUCCAGGGAAAUUGCCAGUGACGUGCUCUACAAGGACUCUCACUUGCGCGAGAAGGGCCGGCAAGUGGGGCUGCGCUGCGUCGAGGACGACCCCAAAAUGGUGCACUCGCUGGCGGCCAGCAAGCUCCAGAGCAACCUGGAGUACAAGCGGCAGUCCAAGGAGGAGCGCUCCAACUACAAGAUCCACGCCGACCAGCCCGAGUUCCUGCUGGCCAAGAAGAGCCAGGCGCAGGCCAGCGACCUGGCAUACCGGAGCAAGCUCCACGACUACACGUGCGAUGCAGAGCAGCUCCACGUCAAGCACGCCAAGCAGGCCUACAAGCUCCAGAGCGACGUGAACUACAAGUCGGACCUGAGCCGGAUGAGGGGAGCGGGCUGGACGCCACCCGGCUCCCACAAGGCCGAGCUGGCCCGCCGGGCUGCCGAGCUGGGUCUGGCUGAGGGCGUGACCACGGAUGAGGCCAUCGCCAAGUACCAACGCAUGAUCAUGCUUCACUACCAGCAGCGGAUGGAGGAGCAGCAACAACAACAACAACAACAACAACAACAACAACAACAGCCUACGUCCGAGCAUGUGGAGACCAGCGAGGACGUUCGGAAAGGCGUCAACAUGGACGCCACGGAGGUGCUUCAUGUCAACAGGACCAAGACCUACCAGACCGUGCAGAAAAAGACCACCACCACCACCACCACCAGUAGCAGCACUGCCGCCUUCAAAUCCAUGGAGAAGAAAUCCAGCGGCACCUCGUCAGCUGCCCGGCACAGCGCACUCAAGACGUCCGGUCAGGCCAAAGCCAUAAAAGAUGCUUAGAAGAUUUGGAGAGUACGAACGGCCACACUGAACUGAACUGACGCAAGAUGGAUGUUGAAUGAAGACGGGAUUCGUUAUGUUUUGCAAAAUAAGAAAGAAAAAAAAAGUUUUGGACACAGUGGCGUUUUUAUAUUUAAAAAAGAUAAUAAUAGAUGGGGCACUAUCCACUUAGUCUACAACUACGGAAAGCCAUUUGAGCAUUUAGUCGAUGUGCUUUAAUUUAAAAUGAAACCGUUGGCAAGAUAUUAAUGUAGCGUAAAAAUAGUCAGAGAGAAUGCAUAUCCAGCUUCGCCAAAAUAGCGACGCUAACAACGCUAAGCUAGCAUUAGCACUGUAAACAGGCCGACAUUAGCCUUGGCUAAGCGUGACUAAUUCGUAAUGGAGUGUUACUGUAACACUAAAGGAUGUUGUGAUGAACCGCUACUCGGUAUUAUUUAUAAAAUAUGUAUUGAAUGCUGGAUCCGGUGGGGCACUCAAGCGCUUGCCCCGCAUGUAAAACCGCCGCUGGGUUGUAAGCAAAAAGUAUUGUGGCAUUGACCGAAACGCACGUGACAUGAAAUAUGAUUUUAAUACCGGUAAUGCAUGAACGACUGUUACGUUUGCAAAUAGGAAAUAGGAAUGUACGCACAGCUGGAGGUGGCCAUUUAAACCCUUUAUUUUGCCAUAUAAGCAGACAUAUUUGACACUUUAUGUUUGGGCGACAAUGUUUUUUCAUCUUUGGAAUGACGAUGUCGUAACCUCGAAGCGAGGAAUCGACUCUUUUGGUCUGGCUGGUUCAGCUUUUGUCACACGAAAACUCAAAGCUGGGCUUGGAGUAAAGGCUCCAUUCACUACUUUCAAAAUAAAUGUUUUUUGUUUCUUUCCUCCUUCAAGCAGAUCUGUUUUCGUGUCCCCUAAAUCAGUUGUUUUCAACUGUUGCCCCACUGGGACCUGAUCAACAUUUACAUCCCAACCGUUUUCUUCAAACAAACAAAAAAACAGAUGCUUGCACAGAUGAUCCACUGAGGGCCAGUAAUGUAUUCACCACAUGAAGAACUUUUAAAAUAUGAUACACUACUCAUUCAAACACAUGUAUGAAUGAUUAAUCAUUUUUAUUUGGUUGUUGCACAGCGUUAGCAAACAAUACAACGCAAUACAAGGGUCCCUUUCAACAACCAAAAUGGAUUGGGCAAAAGCAAAAACUGCUUGUUUUAUGAACCAUCACACACGUCAGACGUCAGCAGUUUAUCAAUUUAUAUAUGUAACAAAUUGAAGGUCAUACAGUGGUACCUUGACUUCACAGUUGAAUUUUCUGACCAAGCUCGUAACUCAAUUUACAUACACUGACAACAUAUCACGUCAUUUUCCUUAUUGAAAUGAUUUGAAAUGCCAUUCAUCUGUUCCAGCCGCCAAACAACAACCACCAUUUUUAGGUUAUGUUUUCAAUACAGGAAAACAAAAACUUGGCUCGUAAAUCAAGGUAUUCAUAUUUGUAUAAGGUAACAGAUUUCUUGUUGUUGUUGUUGUUCAGAAGGACCAAUAAA